AAUACCGGAAAACACAAGGUCUGUAAGCACAGCCCCAUUUGGUUCUUGCUGGCUUGAAACUCCUCCUUGGAUCACAUGUAAGAAGGGGGGGAAAGGUUCAGGAUGUGCCAUCGCAUCAUGAUAGCGAUUAUUUUAUUCAAUCAGGACGAGUUAAGCGACAUCUGAAUGGGCGUUGGCACUUCCUGCAGAUAGACUGGUUGAGCACUUGGCUGCACAAUGGCUGACCGGGAGUAUGACUAUCUGAUCAAGCUGCUGGCACUUGGCGACUCAGGGGUGGGAAAGACCACCUACCUCUACAGGUACACCGACAACCAGUUUAACCGCAAGUUCACAACAACAGUGGGCAUCGACUUCAGGGAAAAGAGAGUGAUGUAUACAGGAAAAGGUGCUGAUGGGGCAACUGAGAGAAACUUCAAAAUCCACCUUCAGCUUUGGGACACAGCGGGACAAGAGAGGUUCCGCAGCCUCACCACAGCUUUCUUCAGAGAUGCCAUGGGCUUCCUGCUGAUGUUUGACUUGACCAAUCAGCAAAGUUUCCUCAACGUCAGGAACUGGAUGAGUCAGCUACAGGCCAACGCGUACUGUGAUAGUCCAGACAUCGUGUUGGUGGGUACCAAGGCAGACCUCCGUGAUGUGAGGGAUGUUAACGGUAGACAGGCCAGAGAUCUGGCAGACAGAUAUGGAAUCCCCUACUUUGAGACGAGUGCAGUGACGGGUGUUGAUGUGGACCAGGCAGUGACCACCCUGCUGGACCUGGUGAUGAAGAGGAUGGAGCAGAACACCCACGGAGGCCAUAGCUCUGAACCCAACGGCAGCCUCAUCGUCAGCCGUGAAGUGGAGGAAGCUCCUGUCAGGAGGAGGUGUGUCUGCUGAUGUCACCACCAGCAGCCACUCUUUUCACGUUUGAUCUAAAUAACGCUGCUUUUAUUUAAAUGCUAUUGUUUUCUGGUAGUGGACUAGGGUGCCUGCUAGGUGAGAGGACAAUUGCGAUCUUAAAUAUUUAAAAUAUUACCCAUAAUUGGGAGGGAAUCUGGCCCAAUAUUGUAAUUACAGUGUGCAUUCCUCUCUUGACAUUUGCUUUCUGUGAUGUUAUUUACUCACAGCCGCACUGUAAGAAGUGAGAAAGAGGAGAGAGAAGGGUACAAGAAUUCAAACAUGUAUAUAGUAUAGUGAAGACAGAUAUUGUUGUAAAGACAAAGACAAAAGUGGUUAUGAUUCAGUGAAAAAAGGAGUCAAUUAUUAUCUUUAAAUGGGUUAUAUCAGAGAAAAAUACUGUUUUUAUUUUACACAUUGAGGCAUUGAUGGAAGGAAUAUGCAGGCACAUAACAUAUAUUUAUCAUGGAGUAUAAUCAAAAAACAUUUAAGACAUGGUUAUAUUUCUCAUGUGGAUGAUCAUUUUUGUUAGAACAACCAAGAUAGCAAAGUCACUUACAUGAUUUAUGACUUUUUUACGACAUGUACAUAAGCAGCCAAGCUUUUUAAUGCAUUAUGGAACAAAGUUGCCAUGCAGAUCAAACACAAGUACAAGAAUGUUAAAGGGUUGUUGGAACAAAUCCUGUAUAGUGCUGCAUUUGGAAUAAAUAAACAUGUUAUGUUUACGUUUAGGUUAUGUAAUGCACUAAAAGUUAUACUUUAAUUCUGACUGGAAAUACAAUCCUCACAGUUUUUGUUAGCAUCAUUAUUGUUUAUACACAUUAAUUUUGAUUUCAUUAAAAGAGGAACUUGCAUUCAUGUCAGUGGAUUUAUCAAACAAAUUGAUCUAUUGGAGGACAUUCAUGGAGUCACAAGUAAAUUUCACCACGUUACUUUGGCUGAAGCC